AUGAAAAAACGACACAAAUCUAAAGCGGCUCAAUUGGCAGCGGAACGAGAUGUUGAGCUAUACGUCCGAUUAGAAUUCGACGAUCAAGUCAUUGUCGAAGAACAUCUCCUACGAAACGCAAUUGAAAGAUCGAUUAACACACUAUUUGGCGAAAUUGGUAGUCAAUCAAUUCAUGUCGAGAUUGUAUCAUAUAAAUAUGGAACGGCACUCAUUCGUACUAAAGCCAAAAUGGUGAAUCAAGUUCGUUGCGCAUUAGCGUUCUAUGGAAUGCAUGAAAAACGUGAAUGUGCUUUUCGUAUUGAUACGAUAUCAAAAGAAAAUAAUGAAGAGGAGGAGGAGGAGGAAGAGGAUGAAGACGAAGAAAGAUCACUUACAAUGCAAAUGGAUUAA